CAUGCGCCAAAUAUAGCUGGCACUCCGAGAGCGGGCUGUGGGGGACAGAUGGCCCUGAGACACACAGCACCCAGCUCAGACCCCUCACUCCCACACAGCAGCCAGGCCCACACACUAACACAGGGAGGAUGCAGGACGGGAGCUGUGACCUCUCUCUGAUGCUGAUGGAGGCGUGUCCACGGGAAGGGGGCGGGGUAUCGGACGCGUGGGCGGAGCUGUACCUGGAUCCGCUGGACGGUGGGGAGGGGGAGUUCCCCGAGCUCUCCUCCUUCCUGAGCCAGGACGAGAUCCACCGCAGCCUGGACCUGGCACGGGAGGCCUUCCUGCAGGAGGAGGAGCCCAGCGAAGGCCCGCCCCAAACCACACCCCUACCCCCGCCCCAAUCCACACCCCUCUUACAAACCACAGCCCUACCCCCACCCCAAACCACAGCCCUAUCACCACCCCAAACCACACCCCUAUCACCACCCCAAACCACACCCUUCUUCCUGCCCCAGCCCCCGCCCCCGCCCCCCCCCUCAGGGGCGCGGUAUAAGCAGGAGGGGCCGCGCCUGGCCCACGGUGACCCCCCCUCGUCCGCCAGCGAGUUCUGCAGCCGCGCGGCCACCUUCAUCGAGGAGCUGUCCUCCAUCUUCAGGGGCUCCGCCCCGCCCCAUCACCACGACGACGACACGUCCUCUCCCGACAGCGGCUACCUGUCGCCCAAGCGGCCUGUGGCCCCGCCCCCCACCGCCGCAGGGGAGGAGCCUGUGGCCCCGCCCCAUUUCACCCAGAAGCUGAAGAGUCAGGAGGUGGCGGAGGGCAGCCCAAUUCGGCUGGAGUGCAGGGUCACAGGAAACCCCCCCCCACUGGUCAGGUGGUUCUGUGAGGGCCGGGAGCUGCAUCACUGCCCGGACAUCAGGGUCUGCCGGGAGGCGGAUCUCCACACGCUGGUCAUCACCGAGGCCUUUGAGGACGACACAGGCCGCUACACCUGCGUGGCCUCCAACCGCCUGGGCGCGGACAACACGUCUGCUGAGGUCUACAUCGAGGGUGCCUCUUCCUCUGAUUCAGAAGGAGAAGGUUCGGGGCAGAAGACAAGGCCAGGAACCAUGCCACAGGUGCAGAAGAAGACCUCCUCCAUGUCCCUGACCAUCCGCUCAUCCUCACCCAGGACUCCUGAGGCCACGACCCACCAACCCCCCCUCAUACAGCCUCUCUCUGCACCACGGGUGCAGAGCCCAGUCAGCUCUCUGCAGGGGGGAGAGGGGCAGUGUGUAGCGCCACCUGUCUUCAGUAAGUUCUUUCUCUACAGCAGUGCAGAUCAGCUGAAACAGCUCCAGGCACAGAUCCUCUUGGAGCAGCAGGAACAGGAAGAGGAAGAAGAAGAAGAACAGGAAGAGGAAGAGGAAGUCCCGCCCCUUCCCCAGGAGCAGCAGCAGGAACAGGAAGUCCCGCCCCCAUCUCCUCCUCUCCCCCCUCCUCCAUCCUUCCAGGAGCUGGAGAGCACCAGCACCUUCAACUACGCCCGUCCCAAACAGUUCAUCUCCGCCCAGGCGCCCGGCAGCCAAUCAGAGGCUCCUCCACCUCCGCCUCCCACAUGGCCAAAAUCACCCUGCCUCCCCUCCAGUCAGCCCCGCCCCAAACCCAAACGGACAACCAGGAAUCUCCCCCCUCCCCCGCCUUUCCCCCCCCCUCCCCCACCCUUCCUCAGCCCUGCUCCCCUCCCUCCCUCCCCCCCCGCCCAGGACUUCCCCCCCCCUCCCCCUCCCCCGCCCCCACCUCCCCCAUCUCAGUCUGAUAGCUCCACCCCCUUUGGCUCCGCCCCUCAGUCCCCCGGCUUCCUGGUCUCAGUCCUGCCGCAGUCUCCGCCCCCUCCUGUCAACGCCCUCGGCCUGCCCAAAGGCAACGGGACUGUCUCUUUCACUCGCAAGCCAAAGCGCGUGGCUCGGAUCGCCUCUGACUCUGAGAUCCAGGGCUCUAAAGACGCUGUGAUCCAGGACCUGGAGAGGAAACUGCGCUUCAAAGAGGAAAGACUCAGCAACGGCCAACAGAGGCUGACCUAUGAGGAGAAGAUGGCCCGCAGGCUGCUGGGGCCUGGGACCGCAGCUACUGUACUCAGCCUCCAGAGGAGCCUGGGAACCAGUUGCCUCCAGAUUGAUGUGCCUAUCUCUCCACAGGACUGCAGUUCCCCUGACAUAGAUUCUGUUCCUCAAAAGGAGUACAAGGUGUCCAGCUUUGAGCAGAGGCUGAUCAGUGAGAUUGAGUUUCGGCUGGAGCGCUCGCGUGAGGAGUCUGACGAGGACGUCCAGCAUGACGACGAGCCUCCAGACCAGGGGGAGGCGCCGGUCUUCGCUCAGAAGCUGAAGCACCUCAAGGUGUUCGAGGGCAUGCCUGUCACCUUCACCUGCAAGGCCUCCGGGGACCCCACGCAAAGUGUGACCUGUGACCCGGGGCAGAUUUACUGGUUCAAAGACGGGAAGCAGAUCUCCAAACGCAGCGAGCACUACCGCAUCGGCCGGCAGGCAGACGGAACCUGCUCUCUCUACACCGCCAGCGCCUCCAUCGACGACGAUGGAAACUACACCAUCAUGGCCAGCAACCCCCAGGGGAGGACCAGCUGUACUGGGAGGAUGAUGGUUCAGGCUGUCAAUCAGAGGGGGAGGAGCCAGAGAUCCACACCUGGACACAUUCGCAGACCCCGCUCCCGCUCCAGAGACAGCGCUGAGGAGGAGGGGAACAUCCAGGAGCGCCACUUCCGCCCUCACUUCCUGCAGGCCCCCGGGGACCUGAUCGUGCAGGAGGGCCGGCUCUGCCGCAUGGACUGCAAGGUGAGUGGCCUGCCCACGCCGGACCUGCUGUGGCAGCGGGACGGCCUGCCCAUCCGGCCGGACAGCGGCCAUAAGAUGCUGGUGCGGGAGAAUGGGGUUCACUCGCUGGUCAUCGAGCCCGUCAGCUCCAGAGACGCCGGCGUGUACACCUGCAUCGCCAGCAACCGCGCCGGAGAGAACAGCUUCAGCCUGGAGCUCAUCGUGGCUGCCAGAGAGAUGCACAAGGCCCCCUCCUUCAUUGAGAAGCUCCAGAACACGGGUGUGGCUGAGGGCUACCCCAUCCGACUGGAGUGCAGAGUGUCCGGGGUGCCCUACCCCCAGAUCUUCUGGAAGAAGGAGAACGAAUCGCUCACUCACAACACGGACAGAAUCAGCAUGCACCAGGAUAACCAGGGCUACAUCUGCAUGAUCAUUCAGCCGGCCACGAAAGAGGAUGCUGGGUGGUACACCGUGUCCGCCAAGAACGAGGCGGGCAUCGUCUCCACCACCGCCCGGCUCGACGUCCACACCCAGUGGCAGCAGGCCCUGACCCCGCAGCUGAAGGUGCGGCCGUCGGCACGGCGAUACGCGGCUCUGACCGAGCGGGGCCUGGAUGUGAAGGCCGCCUUCUUCCCUGACGGCAGCGCCGGAUUGGUGGAGAGCGACGACCUGUAGAGACCACGCCCCCAGCCCCGCCCCCAGCCCCUCCCUCUCCGUCUGUCUCUCUGUCUUUCUCCCGCGCGGGGAUCUAACUCUCGCUUUGUUGGCAAAGGAAGAUGAAAGGUGUAGAAGAACUCUCCAAGAUGGCUGGCAGGAAGCCGUCAUCACAUGACCUGUGUCGUGCCUUGUACUCCCGCACAGCAGAGUGUGUGUGUGUCGUACACAGAGUGUGUGUCGUGCACAGUGUGUCGUACAUGCAUCCUGACGUCACUCAGCUGACAUGCAUCAAAAUUCCAGGUUUCUGUGGCAUGCUGCUUAAAGUUAAAAAGUUGUAUUUUUAUUUAUCUGCUUUCUGCCAACUUUCAUGUGCCUGCAGGACCUCAGGAGAAAGAUGAUGAUGAUGGUGAUGAUGAUGAUGUUGAUGAUGAUGUUGAUGGUGAUGAUGAUGGUGGUGAUGAUGAUGAUGGUGGUAAUGAUGAUGAUGAUGGUGAUGAUGUUGAUGGUGAUGAUGAUGGUGGUGAUGAUGAUGAUGGUGGUAAUGAUGAUGAUGAUGGUGAUGAUGUUGAUGGUGAUGAUGAUGGUGGUGAUGAUGAUGAUGGUGGUAAUGAUGAUGAUGAUGGUGUUGAUGGUAAUGAUGAUGGUGGUGAUGAUGAUGAUGGUGGUAAUGAUGAUGAUGAUGGUGUUGGUGGUAAUGAUGAUGAUGGUGAUGAUGGUGUUGUAGGGGAGCACAGCUGCUCUUUUUGAAGCUGUACCAGGGGGCGUGGUCGUAGAGCUGUUCCCAUGACGACACUGUCCCCUUUGGCUGGGUGGGCAGAGCACAAGUGCCUUUGAACCUUUCUGAACACUGUGUACAUUUCAAGGUUGAGGGAUUUAUUUUAUAUUAAAAAAAAAACAAAAGCAAUUAGCAAUUAGCAUCUAGUUAUGCAUGUUAUCAAGCCGCCAUUUUAGUACUGUCUGUAGCCACAGCUGUAGAAGUGAGUAUCUUAUCAAAGCUCUGAGUAUCUUUGCUUACUUCCCUAAAGGAAGGCACCAAUGGAUGGCACAAGGCCGGCCCUUUCUGUUAGUGUCCGGUACUCGUGGUUGUUCAGGUUAAAAAAACAGGAAAAAGGAACGUUGCUUUUGAAAGGUGUGGGUUUGGGUGGCAGUGGGUGGCGUUGCCGUGGUAAUGAGAGAUUGACAGACAUGUGGACUGGAGAGGAGCACACCGUGUGAGAGCAGUGAUGUCAUGCAGGCGACGGGACAGCAGCUGGUUGCCCUGGUGAUAUCUGUGCCUCUUAACCCCAACAACACGCCAUCUUACAAUGUUAUACUGGAGACUUUAAACCCAAACAAUGCUUCAGGCUACAACUUAAACUUUCAAACAGCUGUCUAGCCAGCUUAGCUGAUCGCUGGCUCAGUUAUCACACACAUAAGAGACAUAAACGCUGACUCAGUUAUCACACGCAUGUUACAGACAUAAACGCUGACUCAGUUAUCACACGUUAGACACAUAAACGCUGACUCAGUUAUCACACGUUAGACACAUAAACGCUGACUCAGUUAUCACACGUUAGACACAUAAACAGACUCAGUUAUCACACGUUAGACACAUAAACAGACUCAGUUAUCACACGUUAGACACAUAAACAGACUCAGUUAUCACACGUUAGACACAUGAACGCUGACUCAGUUAUCACACGUUAGACACAUAAACAGACUCAGUUAUCACACGUUAGACACAUAAACAGACUCAGUUAUCACACGUUAGACACAUGAACGCUGACUCAGUUAUCACACGUUAGACACAUAAACAGACUCAGUUAUCACACGUUAGACACAUAAACAGACUCAGUUAUCACACGUUAGACACAUAAACGGACUCAGUUAUCACACGUUAGACACAUAAACAGACUCAGUUAUCACACGUUAGACACAUAAACGGACUCAGUUAUCACACGUUAGACACAUAAACAGACUCAGUUAUCACACGUUAGACACAUAAACAGACUCAGUUAUCACACGUUAGACACAUAAACAGACUCAGUUAUCACACGUUAGACACAUAAACAGACUCAGUUAUCACACGUUAGACACAUAAACAGACUCAGUUAUCACACGUUAGACACAUGAACGCUGACUCAGUUAUCACACGUUAGACACAUAAACAGACUCAGUUAUCACACGUUAGACACAUGAACGCCGGCUCCACUCAUGCAGAGGGACCCGCCCACACAGGAGGAAGAUGAUGAUCACACUCAGGCCUGAGGUCAGGUAGCCGCAGUUUUAAGGGUUUUUGUGUGGAAUGGGAAACCUUUAUUUUUGUAAGAGAAUCACAUUUUAGCGCAGCAAUAUCUUCAUGUAAUUUAUACUUUAUUUUCCUCCACUUGUUGAUAACUUUACAGAAGUUAACCUUUUUCCUUGUUUUGUUUUUCUUUCCAGAUAUUUUAAGCUGGUCUAUUUAAAAUCUGAUGCCAAAAUAGAUCAGCUCUAUAAUGCCAUGGCAGAUCCCCCUGGCAUGUUUAUUAUUAUUAUUAUUAUAAUUAUCAUUAUCUGUGCACAUGCUGUUAUAUGUGGUAGGAUGAAGACUCCAGUGUAGGUAUGACCCAGAACAUCAUGCACUUCACUCAGUUAUCUUUUCUCACAGAUCAUGUACGUCAUUAAGUGUGUGUGUGUGUGUGUUUUAAACCAAUCAUCUCUGCUCAUGUGGCAAGAGCACCGGUCUCUCCUGGUAACCCGGUUUAUUCUCACACGUUCCUCUUCCGUCUUACCAAGCCAAUGUCUGUGCCUGUGUAUGGACUGUUAUCCGAAUGAUUUUAAAGUUAUGAUUAUGAUAAUAAAACAUCUGUGGAUGAUUAA